AUGACCCGGCCCCGCUCGCGAAAGCUCCGGGGGCCCUGGCGCUGCAAAACAAGACCCCUGGAGUUGUGGGCUGGUCCGGGGCUCACGGCCGGCUUUAUCCCCCCGGAUCCCUCUACGGGACGGGAUAACCUCGGCAAGCCCGGGCCAAGCCAAACCCCGAGCGCCCCCUCCCCCAAACAGCCAUGCGAGGGAGCCCGCGAAGCUCCGGAGCAGCCAGGAGCGCCCGAGCUAGGUUCAAAACAAAACAGCAGCCUCGCGCUGAUAACAUGCCAACUUAAAUUAAUGGGUUUGCAACGGGUUUCGAAGGCAGAAACGUGUAGGCUGCUCUUUAAUGUCCAAUCUCCAGUUUUGCAGCGGGCCACGGGAGAUAUUUUCAGCAGCAUCAGGCAGCAGAACAUAGAAGAGUCAGUACAAAGCCAGCGGCGCCCCUGGGAAACACUCUUUUACCCUGUGGAUAUUUGGAAGAUACCCGAAGUAGUCCAGAAAUCGGCUGUGGCCUAUUAUUCCACCGUUGGGGAACAAGCUGGUACUUCUCCCGAGUACUAUUCUCUUCCUACUGGUGAAAAGGUUAAACUUGAAGAUGCCUCUUUUUGCUUCCUUCCUAUGUACCGUGACGAACCUAAACAUAAAAUAUUGGUUUUGGUUAAUCCCCAGUACAGAAAGACAGUCUUGGCUGUGUACCUGAACAAAUCCUGGUGGUCCAUAGAAGAGAUCAUGAAAACAUCUGAUCCUUCUAGAGAAGGUCUAAUACAGGUCCAGUCUUUUGGGGAAAGGAUUGUACUUUUUAUUCUUAACUACGUUAUUUUUGGAAGAUUGGAGAGAAAUUUGGAUGAUGGCAUGUUUUUUUUACCUCAUUCUGCUACGGAACAUGCAAAAAUUCUGUGGAGGAAUGGAGCUGCCAUUGGUUUUUAUACUAUCAAGAUGAAAGGUAGUCUGUGUGGCAGGAACACCAGUGAGUGCUACAUGCUGCCCGUGUUGGACACUGCAUUUGUCAGGAGAAAACACCGAAGAGAAGGUCUGGGGAUGAAAAUGCUGCAUGACUUUUGUCAGACUUUUGAGAGUGAAGAUGCCUUAGGGAUCAGCUGCCCUAUUUCUACUGCUAUGUACCAAGUUUGUCGAAAGUUCUUACUGGCCUAUCCUGAGGAGCAGGAUCGACUGUGGGAGGUAGAAGCUCCGGGAGACUGGUGCCAGAGGGUGAACAUUUGGCUAAAGAUUCAACUUGAACCAAGCCUUUCCUAUAGGAAAGUGACUCGUCGGGCAACUUCAGAGAAGGCAGAGAGCUUCCACAGAGGGGAUGUCCAAGAGGAUGAACCCAGACCAUCAGAUAAUGGAGAAAUGAACAAGGAUAGUCAUAGUAGAGAAGCAUCUGAAAAAAUAAAGGAGAGUAAAGAUUACAUAAUGAUAGAAGAUGAAUUCACUCCACAGCCUCCUGGUAAAGAAAACUUGAAUCAAAAGACCCAUGAUGUUCAGUGGAAUGCCAAGAGGAGAUUGGACAAAGCAGAUAUAAUUGAAAAUAAGCCCACUAAACAAGUCAGGCCCAGUUUCUGACUUCCUUAUUGUUGAUGGAAAGAACCCUGGACUGGAAGUUGGAGACUUGGGUUCCAGUCCUGGUAUUGUCACUAGGUAACAAUGUGACCCAUAAAACGAGUCGCUUAAUUUUUCUGUCUUUGUUUUAUUAUUUAUAAAAUCUUCCCUACCUACCUCACAGAACUGUUAUGAGGAUCAAUGAAUAAAAAUGUGAAAGUCCUUUAAAAAUAAUAAAGCAGUUGUACCAAUGCAAGGAAUAAUACAGAAAAGUUAUUGUUUCAUGUAUCAAGGUGCUGUUACAAUUUUCUUCAGACUUUUAGGUUUCUUCAUCUUAAGAUGUUUGUGGUGAGAGAGCAUUCUGAAUAUCUCCACUGUUGAAAAUGAACUUUGUUUUUACUUUUUCUCAUGGAGGAAGAUAGAGAAAAGAAUAGAGCCCUCUUUUCUCCACUGCUGCAGAACUAGUUUGAAGAAUUGCAUAGGAUGUCUAGAAAGAAGUAAUUGGGGGUUUGUAGAUGCUGUUCUAAGAUAUUUCUGUGGAAACAACAUUUCUUAUCCUGUAGAACAACAUGCUACAAUAUAGAGUCAGGAUCAAAUGACAUUGUAACCUCUUUUGCAAGGUGGAUAAUUGAUUUAAGUUUUUCUACAUCUGGCCUUUGUAGAAAGGAAAAAAAAAACAAGCAAAAGAUCUACCUUCUGCAGCCUAGAUUUAAGUUUUAUCCUUCUUUCUACUGUAGCUUGUAGAUAGAACAGAGUUCUGUGCUCUUGGUGCCUUUUUGUAUAUUGCUGGCAUUAAAGAAUUUUUUUUUUAUGCUGGUGGUAUUUAUAAUAAAUGUUAGAAAAUUAGUCAGACCUUAAGGGGACUGGGGUUCUUCCUGAGAGCCAAGGUUGUGUUGAUUACUUUUUGAAAAUUAAAAAGCUCUUCCCAAUCUCCCAGAUGGUGGACUGGAGAUACUUGGUGUCCCCCCACAUACCAAAUUCACCACUAAAAGCUGCACAUCGCUGAAUGUCAGUUUACUCAUUUGUAGAAUGAAGGACUUUGCCUAGAUCAUUGUCACCCAAAUUUAUCUGCCCCUAAAAAGGUUUUGGGGAUUGAAAUAUAGUGAUAAACCUGCAAAUGUUUGUCUUCAGAGCUCUAAGGUCAUGGGAAUUCUGGAGUAAAAUUAAACUUAUGUUCCUUUCCUCCAAAAAUGCCACAUGUGAAUACUUAUUUUUGACAUAUGAUUUAAUAUGUAAUAUUUUAGAGGGAGAAUACCAUGAUCAGUGACCAGAACCCUUAUGAAGACUGUGUAGAACUAGAGUUCCAUGGAACAUAGUUUUGGGGGAGAUGCUAAAAGUAGGUGGUCUUUGAGUUUUCCAUUAUGGUGCUGUGGAAAAACCGGUAAAUUUGGAAUCAGAAAACAUGAAUUCAGAUCCUGGCCCUUUAUAAUGCCAGGCAACUCUUCACAACUCUCUAGGACUUAAUUUUCUCCUUUAUAUAGAUAGUUUUGUUUGAACCUCACAAUAAUCCUGUGAGGCCAGAAAGACAUGUUAUUGUUUUGCAGGUGAGGAAACUGAAGCUCAGAUUUACUGACUUUCCCAAACUCACAGAGGGAGCGCCAGACAGAAAUGGGAUUGGCACCUAAAUCUCACCUGACUCCAAAUCAAUUGCUCUCUCGACCCGUAUUGUGCUACCAGCACUGCUAGAUUGCUAGGAUUGACGCUACCUGGGCUUGGCACUUGCCAUCUCUAGAACUCUCAAUGAUCAGGGGAUCAAUAUACCAAGAGAACAUUCUGGUGGAACCUGUAGACAAAUAUUAUUUAUAUUCUUUCACCUGUGUUCUCUCUUGAAUGGAAGGAAGAAUUCAUUUGAAUAAUAAUAUUAUAGAAUCCAGGAAGAAUGCAUCUUAGAGUCCUUCAAAGGAAAUUGUAAGCUAUUAAGUGCACUUAAAUUUGUGGGUGUAGAUGUCCUGUGAAUGUCAUUUAAGACAUGGAUUCUAAUGUGAAAGGAAAAUUGUUUAUUGUAUGUUCUGUAUUACUUGAAAAACUAAUGUGUAGUGUUUUGUAUUUAUAAAAAAACGCACCUUUGGUAUGUCUAGGGGAUUGAUGAUGUUAUGUUGCAAUAAAAGGUGCCUUCCCAAAGGAAAAGC